UAAUCCUGUGAUCCCUAAUCAGCUCCGUCACUUGCCCUUUAGAUCCAGUGCAUAGAUUCCCACGUCGAUUUGAGUCUGCUUCAUUUCUCGCUUCUCCUGAUUUCUGACUUUGCUUUAGCCAGAAAAAUGCUGUAGAGAUACCUAAUUUUCAAAUCAAAUCCAGCUAAGUCCCUGUUAGUACAUUUCCAGUCAAAUGGAUCCAGUGACUGCUGAUACACCUGAUUUACCUCCUGCUAAACAUCCAUCUAGUUCACCUUCUGUUAAAGAUCAUGAAGGACAAACUUCUCCCCCUGCAGUCUCUGGGCAAGAAAAUUCUUCUCAUGUGACCUCAUCUGCGCAAUCUUCCACUGGCAUUUCAUCAUGGGCUAGAAAUUUGAAAAUUCCCCAGCCAUUUUCUGGCUCUCAAGAUGAUUCAGCUACUGAAAAUUCUGGGAAAUCUACCUUUGCACGCUUCACGAAUAAUUUAGCUAUGCGGUUGUCUCCAAAACCAUCUUCAUCAGAUGACAGCUCCAAUGAAGCUGCUCAAUCUAAUUUAAUUGAAAGCUUCACAAAGGGUCUGGUUGACUCUUCAAGAAAUGCUGUGAAAGCUGUGCAGGUCAAGGCCCGACAUGUUGUUUCUCAGAAUAAACGUCGAUACCAGGAGGGAGGAUUUGAUCUAGAUAUGACAUAUAUCACGGAAAACAUUAUAGCUAUGGGAUUUCCUGCUGGUGACAUGAGCUCUGGGUUCUUUGGUUAUGUAGAAGGGCUUUACAGAAAUCAUAUGGAAGAAGUGAUUAAGUUUUUUGAGACUCAUCAUAAGGGUAAAUACAAAGUAUACAAUCUUUGCUCUGAGCGGCUGUAUGAUGCAUCAUUAUUUGAGGGGAAGGUGGCUAGUUUCCCAUUUGAUGACCAUAAUUGCCCACCAAUGCAACUGAUUAUAUCAUUUUGUCAAAGUGCUUACGCAUGGUUGAAGCAAGACAUUGAGAAUGUUGUGGUUGUCCACUGUAAAGCUGGAAUGGCAAGGACAGGGUUGAUGAUUUCUAGUCUUCUAUUAUUCUUGAAGUUCUUCCCUACCGCCGAGGAGUCCAUUGAUUACUACAACCAGAAAAGGUGUUUGGAUGGAAAAGGGCUUGUUCUGCCAAGUCAGAUUAGGUAUGUCAAAUAUUUUGAACGUGUCUUGACUUACUUCAAUGGCGAAAAUCCUCCUGCCCGCAGGUGCAUGCUUAGGGGAGUCCGACUUCACAGGUGCCCUUACUGGAUCAGGCCUUCUAUAACUGUCUCAGAUCAUAGUGGUGUCUUGUUCUCAACUAAAAAGCAUCCAAGGACCAAGGAUCUUAAUCCAGAAGAUUUUUGGUUCAGUGCACCAAAGAAGGGAGUAAUGGUCUUCGCAUUGCCUGGGGAUCCUGGUCUUACAGAGGUAGCUGGGGACUUUAAAAUUCAUUUUCAUGAUCGUCAAGGAGAUUUUUACUGUUGGCUGAACACAACAAUGACUGAAAACAGGAAAGUAUUGAACACCAGUGAUCUUGAUGGUUUUGACAAGAGAAAAUUACCUUCACCUGGAUUCCUGGUUGAGGUUGUGCUUGUGGAUUAUAAUGGCAAUGUCACGACACCCAAACCUGAAGCUGUUACCAAUAGAUCAGAUGAGAGGUCAAGUAGUAUUCCUGCCCCAGUUGAUGCAAGUACCACGGCUCCAAAAGCUGAAAAAGAGUCGGAGAAUCGUGAUAAAGAGGAUGAUGUGUUUUCAGACGGUGAGUCAGAGGAUUCUACUGCAAGAAGCAGGCAGGCAAAAGCAGCUUCUGAAGCUGUUACUAAUUCUAAUUCUGCCACUGGAUCUGAGUCUAAAACUUCAAGUGAGAUGACAAGCUUAACGCAUGCCACGGAACAAAUUUCUUUGGGACCUACGAGUGCUACUCCAAUUCCUAGUGGCAGUAAACCAAAAAGUGGAGAUGCAAGAACAGCGUCCAGUCUGGAAGCUCCCAGCUCAGAAAGUGAAUUUAAGGCAAUGGCCGCAGAUGCCUCUGUAUUUACGUUUGGGGAUGAUGAAGACUAUGAAAGCGAGUGAAGAAGUACAGUGUUAGCAUCCUAAUAUAAUCCAUCCAAUAUUUGUAUAUAAUAUUGCAUGAUAGUUGAUCAACAAUAGGAUGUUCAUUUCAUUUGAUUGUCUUGACCUUAUAAUGCUAAAUCUUGGUUACGAUUCACUGGCUUGAUCCUCAGACGUUGCAAUAUGAUUCCUUCGAAUGUAUGUGAAAAAGUUUAUUGUUUCACUGCCUUA